AAAGCCGAGAGAUGGCGACAUUGUUGAGUCACGCUUAUUAAAUACAAGAAGAAGAACCACCGCUCAAGCAGCCAGAAGUCGUUUAGUUCCGCCCAGUUGACAAGCAAACAGCCCGCGGAGAGAAUGGAACAUCUGGGACAAGCUCUGUGCAUUAUAACCGGGGCCUCCAGAGGCUAUGGCCGAACAAUAGCGAAGGAGGUGUCCCGGCUGGUGAAGCCCAGGUCGGUGUUAAUCCUGGUGGCCAGGUCAGGUGACGAGCUGAGGGCUCUACAGAAAGAGAUGUCCGAGUCAGACCUGGAGGUGCGGUGUGUGGUGGCGGAUCUGUCGUCGAUGGAAGGAGUGGAGAGUGUCGUCCGAACCGCGAAAGAAGCUUUUUCAGAGGACGUCCAACAUGUUAUUCUCUUCAAUAACGCUGGUUCUCUGGGUGACGUGUCCCGUUUCUCCUCAAGCUUCACUAGCAUGACUGAGGUGAAUUCCUACUUGGCUUUCAACGUGAGCUCCGCCCUGUGCCUCACUGCCAGCAUACUGCAGGCUUUUCCAAAGCGAGAAGGUCUGCGACGCUGUGUGGUCAACAUCUCCUCGCUAUGUGCCCUGAAGCCGUCACCCUCCUGGGUGCUGUACUGCACAGGCAAGGCAGCACGGGACAUGAUGUUUAAGGUUAUGGCAGAAGAAGAGCCAGACCUGCGUGUGCUCAACUAUGCUCCAGGUCCUUUGGACACGGACAUGCAGCUGUUGGCCAGGACCAACACAGCUUUUGUCAGCAUGAGGCAGAUGUUUGCAGACAUGUUUGCUCAGGGCGAGCUGCUCACGUGCGAGGCCUCCUGUGCUAAGCUGAUGAAGCUGUUGCUAGAAGACAAAUACACAUCAGGAGAUCACAUUGACGUCUACGAUGUGUAGACAAUGCGGGUAUUGUAUGUACGCUUACUUCCUCGUUGAGUUGGCACCCAACGAUAUAGAAAUGCUGAUUUUAUACUGUGAUCAAUCUGUACUUAGGGCCCUAUGAAAUCUGUUUCAGUUUUUUCACAUCAUCCUCUGCGCACAUUGCUACAAAAUCUUCAACAAACUGUAAUGCCCUUACUAUUAUUAUUAUUAUUAUUAUUAUUUUAAUGACACACUUAUUUUGUUUACACAAUUUGUUUACACAAUUUGCCACAAGAUGUGGCAAACGGUGCUCGUAUUUUGAAAGCCGGAAGUGUGUUGUGUGUGUUGAGAAUGUCAGUUGACGGUUAAGAUGACAAUAAAUGUGCCUCUCGUCUUUUUAACUCAGAAUACUCAGAACUUGCACGUCGUCAGCAGGCAUUGUAAAACGCUCGCUUCCAUUAAAGCGGUUAACACUCACCCAGCCUGAGUUGCAUACACACAGCCGCACUAGCAUGCUCCGCUAAAUUAAGCAAACCCUGCUAGCUUACAUUCCCGCUCUGUAAGAGAGGAGUUUUCACGUUUUUUCACCGGCGUUUUGACAUGUUUAGUUCAGGAGGGGGCGGGUUGACGUUUGUGAUGAGAUUCCGCCAUGAUUGAGCGGUCUGCCAGGGAAAUACUUCUUCACACGAACGUUCCUUCUCCUCACGGUGACAUCAUUUCAUUCACAUUAUGUCACUUUCCGCGUGAUUCCACGUUUGACAGUAAAUUGCGUUUUUAUUGGCCAAAUCUGCGAUCCCAUCCGCAAUUCCGUUAACGCGGAAAUCAUAGUGCCCCAUGUACAGAUUGUUGAAGUUGUUACAAUAGGACCACUUUUGUCUGACGUCAGUGAUGUUAGUGACGUAUAUUGAUACAGUAAUCAAUACAUCGCGCUUGAAAUUUCACAGCUUCAGUCAAUCACGGUUUUUCAAAAAUGUAUUAAUAAAUCUGUGCUUUUUCAUGAUUGAAUACGGCCUAUUAAUAGUCAAAAAUCAGCUUUUUAAUGCACAUUUUACAUAUUUUUUGCCUAAUUGAAGCAUUUUCAAUCAUAAAAAUGGCUAAAUUAAAUACAAUAUAUAAGGCAUUCAGAAGACGUAAUAUGUAGUAUUCUACACUAGGUGUCGUAAUCUUACAUUGAUGAGAUAAUACUGUACCGCCACUGCAGGAUUACUCUAUUCUAUAUUAAAAAAACAUUGAAAAUGUACGUUGUAUUAUCAUUCCAACCAAGAACAAGAAUGGUUGGAACUUAGUGACGGUUGUGAUCUGGCGUUUUAUAGAGAAUAAAGUUUAAUCAAAUGAACUUCACAUUCAAGGAGGGGCCGGACCUUCGUGGAAUGGUGGCGGGAAACACUGAACAAGUUCUUAUACAUCUUGUUCUGAGUGAUAUAUGCCACAAAGGUUUGCUAAAUUUGCAUAGAUAUUUUUACUAUCGACGUGGGGACCGCACGUGCCUUGAUAUCUUAGCAUUCCAGAUGUAUUUACAUAUACGUAUGUAUGGUUGAAAAAUGAACCGAACAUUCUUCAUGUGAUCAGGUUUUUCCUUUGUCUUGUGUGACGCACAUGGCAUUAUUUAAAGAUAUUGUUUAAAUGACUUUGCUACUCAGCAUUAUAACUCUAUGUAAUAAUACAAUAACAACAAUGUAUGUUGUGUCUCUAAGUAUACUUGUCUAAGUGUCCUUAUCACCCUACUGUACAAUGCGAAUGACGCUUGACUUGACGGUAUAUUGACAACAUCAGCAUUGAUACCUCCAGCAUUCCCCAGCGACCCUAAUGAGGAUUAAACGGCACAGAAAGUGAAUGAAUGACUUAUGUUAUACGUAUAUUAAAAAUCAAUAAAAUGAUUGAUUAACCUAUUUCUGUGUGUGUGUUUUUUUUUUAUUUUUAUUAAUUUUUGUAAACAGUUGUUGAAGGCCCAGAAAAAAAGUUACAAAAGUUUUGUUUGAUAAAUGAGAUAGUUCAGAUUUUUUUGACAUUUUUUUUUUCCUUGACGGGGAAGGACGUGUAUGGCAGGAGCUCUGUUGAUGAUACUGGAAAUUUUAACUAUUUUGGUGCUUUCCUGACUACACUUCAUGAGCACUGGAUCAGCGCUGAUGGCUGAAUCCCCCAUCUGAAU